AGCUUUUGUUAAGAAUGUUCUUUCCUUUUUUUAUCCUAAGUAAAUUCUUACAUAAUUCAGAUAAGCCAUUCUCGUUAUUAUAAGUUUUUUAAUCAUUUUUUUAUUAUUACGAAAUCAAUCAUUUUAAACAGUAUGAUGAUAUAUCAAAAAUCCUAAGUAUCAAAAUAGCGUUUUAGAUUACAGCAAGACAUCUCUUUAAUUCAACCAGCCUCAUGUUCAGUUUAGUCAAUAUAUAUUGGGUAUAUUUUAAAAAGAUCAAGCAUAUACAGUAUUUAUAGAUAUCAAGACAAAGCAUAUAGUUCCCAAAGUAUCUCUCUCUUGUUCAGUUCUUAUCUCUAUUCAAUUAUAGUGUCGAGAAUAUGGAGGGAGAUAAUCAUAGUAUGGAGAAAGGAUUACUACUGGUAAAUAAGGAAGAGAAGAGAGGAAGCUCAGAAACAACGAUAACUCCACUUCUUAUCUUCACCACUUUCAUCAUUGUCUCUGCGUCCUACAGCUUUGGAAUUGCCUUAGGUUUUACUGCCGGUACAAUGUCUUCUAUUAUGGAAGAUCUUGAUCUUUCCAUCGCACAAUUUUCAGUAUUUGGUUCGCUACUGACUUUUGGAGGAAUGAUCGGUGCAAUAUUUAGCGCAACAAUUGCAGAUGCCUUCGGUCGUAAAAUGACGUUGUGGGUGGCCGAGGCAUUCUUCAUAAGUGGAUGGCUUGCAAUUGCACAAGCCAAGAAUAUUAUCUGGUUAGACUUUGGACGAUUCUUUGUGGGAACUGGAGUUGGUCUCGCUAGCUACGUGGUUCCUGUAUAUAUCGCAGAAAUAACUCCUAAAAAUGUGAGAGGCACUUUUACAUUUAGCAAUCAGCUUUUGCAAAAUUGUGGGAUCGCAACCGCAUAUUACAUUGGAAAUUUCGUAUCAUGGAGAACGAUAGCCUUGAUCGGCAUUAUCCCAUGCUUGAUACAAUUUUUGGGGUUAUUUUUCAUCCCGGAGUCUCCAAGAUGGCUGGCAAAAGAAAACCGUGAUGAAGAGUGUGAAGUUGUUCUUCAAAACUUACGAGGAAAAGAAGCUGAUAUUGUGAAGGAAACUCGUGAAAUCAUGAUUUCUGUUGAUGCUACCGCAAAUAUCAGCAUGCAAAGUCUUUUCAAAAGAAAAUAUGCUCGUCAACUUAUAAUCGGAGUAGGUGUGAUGCUUUUACAGCAGUUAUGUGGAAGUUCAGGGAUAAGUUAUUACGCAGGCAGCAUAUUUGACCUUGCUGGAUUUCCUUCUCAGACUGGGAUGACGGUGUUGUCUAUGGUCGUGGUACCAAAAGCUAUAUUGGGCCUGAUCAUUGUGGAUCGAUGGGGAAGACGACCACUUCUGAUGGCAUCGGCGUUUGGGUUAUGUUUAAGCUGUAUUUCUCUUGCAUUAGCGUUUGGAUUCAAAGGUGUCCCUGGCAUUGUAAAUUUUACUCCCACUAUGGCAUUUAUUGGAAUAUUGACAUAUGUUAUGAUGUUCGCUGCUGGACUAGGAGCGUUGCCAUGGAUUAUAAUGUCUGAGAUAUUUCCGAUGGAUAUGAAAGUAGUAGCUGGGAGUUUAGUAACCAUAACAAAUUGGUUUACCGGUUGGAUAGUCAGCUACUGUUUCAAUUUUAUGCUCAUUUGGAGCCCUACCGGUACGUUAAUAAUACUUUACAAACUGAAUCUAAUUUAGUUCAGUAUAAAGUUUUAUUUUUCUUCUUUUCUACAAGCUUUUUAUUAAAGGCAUCUUGUCUACAAACUUUUCACUAAAUUAAGAUAUACGUUCUUACAAAACCAAAUUCAAAUUCAAUUUAGAUUUAAUAUUAUUUAGCACGUUUAGUUUGGACACACACACAUAUAUCUAUAUAUUAUAAAUGAUAUAUUCACACACUAUAAUUUUCUCUUUCUCAUAUGAAACAUCAUUUUCAUAUAAUUUUCUCAUAGAUCAAUCUAUUGAAGUUUCGAGUUCUUUAUAUAUAUUUUGGAUCUUUUAAAUGAUAUAUAAUAUAUGAAAUUCAAGUUUAA